AUGAAGAAGGCACCCCCAACUAGGCAGUUCAACUGUGCAGAAGCAAGAGUGACCUUUUCUACAGGCUGGCACGAGUCACCAAGUAAGUGGAGCAAGCUCUCCUCUUUCUCCCCCCUCCCCAAAAGGCACCAUGGAGCAGCAGGCCCCAACAUCCCGCACACCUGUGUGGCAGCUGUGGUCAUCGUCUGCACCAUGGGGGCGAUGGACGUCUACCUGGUGGAGCAGAGCACUGGGGCCCGGCGCCUGGGAGUCGGUGCCCUUGCCCUGGCCGGGGACCUCUUCUUGCUUGUGCUGCGCUACGCGACCAUGUGGGUAGGCAGUGAGGUGAGGCCGGCCCAGCGAGGCUACGCCAUGGUGCUGUGGUUUCUCUUUGCCUUCGCGCUGGAGAUCAAGCUCUACUUCGUCUACCAGCACUACGCAACCGAGGGGCGGGCGCCCGACCCGCUGGCCCGGCGCACCCUGACUCUCCUGCUCUCCAUCUGCAUCCCUGCCCUUUACAUGGUGCUUGGGGCCACUGAGCUGGUGGCCCAGGCGUCCGCCAGCUUCCGGAAGAAAGACGAACUGCGUGGGCGCCUCUUUUGGGUGGUGUUGGACCUGCUGGAUGUGCUGGAGAUUCAGGCCAGCCUGUGGGAGCCGCAGCGGCGGGUGCUCCCCCUGUGGGCUGAGGGCCUGACCUUCUUCUACUGCUACGGCCUCCUGCUGAUUCUCCCUUGCGUCUCGCUAAAUGAGCUGGGAGUGCAGGGCCCUCGCCCUGGCGCUCUCUACCCGCUCCUGAGCCUGGCCAGCGUCAAUGUGGCCACCAUCUUCAUCCGCGGGGGGCUGUUGCUCCUCUGCCAUGACCAACGCAUCUCCUCCAUCUUCAUGGGGAAGAACUUCUUGGCCAUUGCGCUAAAGUGCUGCGCUGCCCUCCAGCACCACAGAAGCACUCGGGGCAGAAGGGAAACAGGCCGCAGCCACAUCCGAGCCAGCCGGGGCCUUGGACAUACUCAGCCAACGGAUGAGCAGCUCCGCAGAAACACAGAUGAAACACACCAUAGGCACCUGACACCUGACAGGGCUUGCAAGUGUGCUCAGGCCACGGCUGGCAUGCCCUACGGACACAGCCCAGGUGAACCACCACAAGCGAUGGCUGAAGUCUCCUACAGACAGCCGCAGGGUACAGAAGAACAGUUCCACUGCUGCGUCCAAACCACCAGCCACCAGCUCCACAGACACUGCCACCUUAAAAGCCAAGGGUCAGAGCACUGCAGGCACACUACUCAACAGCCCCAAGAGCACCACCAGCCGCCACUGGUACCUCCACUUCCAGAGGACUCAGAACAGGUCAGCACAUACAGCUCAAGUCUGUCUGGGGCGGACUGUGAGACACCUUUUCUGGGAUGCUGUCUGGCAAACAGCCUCACUUUUCUCUUGAGUGCCCUCACUAGGAACAGAGGGCCAAAAGGGUGUAUCGGCAAGGGUGUAACCACAGAACCUUCAUAG